AUGGCUCUGAUAUCUCCAGGUGCACUGUUGCGCGGCGACGGGCGACUUCUUAAGCUACCACCAUACCUCUCCUUCUUUUGUAUCCUGGUGGGUGUCACCUGGCUGCUUCUCCUGCCAUUGAACGACUACUCGCGCAAUACAUACAUAUCCGAAAAUGCGCUCCUGCCUGGGCAGGUCCAUACCUAUUUCUCGGGCAGCGACCAGAAUAUUUUCCGGGGUUUCAAGCAAGAGGUGGAUGCUCUGACCGAAUCAAGCAACAUAGAGAUCAAUGAUAAGCUGGAAGGUUUCUUUCGAGCUGCAGGAUUGAAAACCGCACGCCAGCGCUUCGAAUAUACGUCAGCUGGGAACCGACACCAUGGAGAGAACCUAUAUGCGAUACUACAUGCCCCUCGAGGAGAUGCUACAGAGGCUAUUGUCCUUGUCGGAGCUUGGAAGAACAUGGAAGGGGAGCUGAAUAGAAGCGGAGUGGCGCUCGUGCUGACUCUCGCCAGAUACUUCAAGAGAUGGUCUUUAUGGUCGAAGGACAUUAUAUUCCUGGUCACCCCAGACAGUCGAGCAGGUCCUCAGGCAUGGGUUGAUGCCUAUCAUGACGCACAUUUGUCCCCGGGCAUUGAUUCUUUGCCGCUGAAGGGCGGUGCUCUACAAGGUGCCCUUGCGGUCGACUACCCUUUCGACCACCGCUUUGAAUCCUUGCAUAUUGUGUACGACGGCGUGAACGGUCAACUCCCCAAUCUUGACCUCUUCAAUACCAUCACGAAUAUUGCAACAGGGCAAAUGGGAAUAGGGAUUUCUCUCCAACAGAUGUGGUCACACACCGACGACUACCAAGAUCGCCUACAAACAAUGUUAAGGGGCAUGCUGCGGCAAGGGCUGGGCCACGCAUCGGGAGCUCACAGCUGCUUUAUACCUUAUCACAUCGAUGCUGUUACAUUGCAGCCGUUUGGUGAUGGUUGGCAGGAUGAGAUGGCCAUGGGUAGAGUGAUUGAAAGCACUUUCCGCAGCUUGAACAAUCUUUUGGAGCACCUACACCAAAGCUUCUUCUUUUACUUGCUUAUGCAGCAUAGAAGAUUUGUCAGUAUUGGCACAUAUUUACCGAGUGCCAUGCUCGUGGCGGUAAAUUUCACCAUUAUGGCGAUCUCACUUUGGGUGCAGAGUGGCCGAAAUAAUAAGAAGUCCCCAGAGAAAGUCGAUGCUGCCAAACCAAAGCUUGGCAAAGGUGUUGGCCCCCAUCAAGAAUCGAAUGUGAAGAAAGAGCGGCAUCUCUUUCUCCCAAUGGUUGUUGUUGGCACCGCCCAGUUUCUUGGGGUUAUUCCCCUGUAUCUAUUCAACCACAGCACAGAAGCAAUGCUCCCGUAUGUUUUCGGGGGCUUCUCAGCCUUCAACGUGGCCUUGCCCGUGGUAUUUUCAGGGGUGAUCACAAAUUAUUUCAAGCCGACACACCAGCAAUACCAGCUUAUGAAGUCAUUCUCUCUGCUACUUUUGGGGAUGUUCCUAUCAGCUUUAGCUACGCUUAACUUCUCUCUAGCCCUUUUAGUCGGCCUGCUUGCUUCGCCAUUGACGUAUGUGCAGCCUCUCGCCAAGAGACCUUUGGUGGCAAUCGCAGUCGAGGUUUUCGUCAAUCUAUUAACCCCCACUGUGGUCCUAUGCAUUGGCAGCUCAUAUUGGCAACUCUCGAUCAAAGAAAUUCUGACAGAGGCUGCGUUUGGCUGGGACGUGUGGGGUAUGACCACCCAAUUUGUUGUGUGGUUCGUGUGGUGGCCGGCUUGGAUAGUCGGAGCAGUUAUAGUUCUCGGAAAGCCGGGAGAUGUAUGA